AUGAUGCAUUCUGAUUCUUCUUUCUCGUCUUCUCUACUACAACUUCAUUUGAACAUGGGAGCAGCAGACAGCAAACUUGCCUUUCGAAAAAGCGUAUUCAGACUAUACGAAGAAACAACCAUUCCAGUAACCGAAAAUGAAUACUGGGAACAGUUUUGGAUUCUACCCGAGUCUGCAGACGAUGUGUUCUCCUUGAUUGGUGCCAACGAUAUCAGACGAACAAGAGAUACAGCUCGAGGCAACUUUGAGAUUCUGAUCGACAAAGUAUUGAACAAGAUGCAGCUAUUGCUCAAGGCGCAGAACUUUCCAUCUGAACAGCACUCGAUCAACCAUCUUUUGAAUUGCUGUCGCAUACUCACUCGACUGGUUCCGUUUGUCUUUGAAAGCACGGAUUGUCUGGAAUGGGAGGAUGCAUUUUUCUGGACUCCAAGGCAGGUAGAGAAGGAGAAAAAGAACCCAGAUGAUAAGCCUGAAUAUGACACCUUGCCUUGUCGUGGUGAAUUGUUGCUAGACUUAACAAUUCAAGCGUUAUUUUUAGCAGGAUUUACGAUCCCAAUAUCAUUGGCCACCAAGGAGUCUAAAGUCAAUUAUGCAAUUUGGGAGAACGGUGUGGGGUCCACCAUUCCUGUCAGCACGUACAAGGACAACGAGGCCAAUCGAACCGAAGUGCUGCGAUUACUCGCUGUGCUAUUAUCCAAAUCCAUGUACGUACCUCCAGCUCAAUUGCUCUCGAAAGAGGAUCUAUGGCUUCGUUAUGUUGCUGUCAAAUUAGAGCGCAAGAUUGUGCUCGUUAUCCUGUGUAGCUUGAUGAACACGAUUUGCAACUAUGAUCCAACGGGCUGGGUGCCAUACAAUCACGUCGUGCAAGGCGGACCACGAGAACAACUUGUAUCUUUUUGCCUUACCAAUCUACUCAUUUUGUUGGACUAUCGUUCACCACAGCAGGCGGAUCUGAUGCGCCAACACGACCAAGUUGCAUCGCCCACAAGUGCAACCACUGAUCUUCCUGCAAGCUUGGAAGUGUUGACGCUGGACAAUCCCGAUGCUAUUCCCAAAACAAGCGUGGAAUUGGAAGCCUUCACGCCUGCUGAUCAAUUAGCCAACAAACACGAAGAAAAUGCUUUCCGUCACUACAUGUCGAAAUUACACAGAAAUCAAGAUUUCAAAUUCUUGAUGGAUGGCAUUCACCGCUUGCUCAGCAACCCAAUGACCGCAGUCAGCACGUAUUUACCGGGUUCAACAAAACGAGUUGGCUGUUUUGUGAAUGUCAUGAUGAUGUGCUGGAGACUUCUUGAAAUUAACUCGAGAUUCACAAAGUACCUGGUUGAAACUAAUCGCGUUCUUGAUCUGAUGGUUGCGUUAAUUUUCCAUGCUGUCGAUAACAAAGAUAAGAUGACUCAACUGGGCCUUGUCCGUAUGUGUGCUUUCAUGCUGCAGACAUUAUCAUCCAACAAGGACUUUAGUGCCAAGUUAAACAAGCAGUUUUCAACGCAUUCGUCACUCCCAUCGUCCAUCCGACUCUAUGCAUUCAACGGCACUUAUGCAGACUUUUUGAUCAUUUCUAUUUUCUCGUUGAUCGCCUCGACUCAGGGCAAACUCUCCUCAUUGUACCCUGCAUUGAUACUGACUAUAUCCAAUAUUUCUCCAUAUCUGACAAAUAUCGGUGUAACAACUGCAUCCAAGCUAUUGACCUUAUUCCACUCCAUGUCAUCCCCUUCAUUUUUGAUGGCUGACGAACACAAUUUCCAACUGACAUCGUACUUGCUGGAAACAUUCAACAACAUCAUCAAUUACCAGUAUGCAGAGAACCCCAACUUGGUGUAUUCCAUUGUCCUUCAUCACAACUACUUUGAAAAGUUGGAUCAACUCACACUCGAGGGUGCAGUUGCUGAAGUGGAAAGAUUAAGACAAUUGAGAGAAAGUAAAGAGAUUGAAAAAACCGAGCAUUCUACCGAAGCAGUAGCAGUAACAUCAUCUUCACCAACAUCGCCACCAACAGCAGAAUCAAAGACAGAAGCAGAAGUAGAGGCAGCGCCCACAAAAGAGGAUGAUACUAGCCUUAAACCACCCGAGAACCACAUUGAAAAGGGGCCAUCCGACACUACAGAGAUACCUCAAGAAGGAGAUGACUCCAAAAAGAAAGAGCCUAAGCCGACCUAUGCUUCUGUUACUGCAUCUACCAGUAGCUAUCAGGAAGAAGAGACAAAGAAAAAGAAGCCAGAGCCUAUUCAAGUAACACCUACUCGACAGGAUAGCACGAGCAACGACAGCAGUACUGUAGGUCAGGUUCGCCCCAGUCGCAAUGGAUUUAUCCCAACAGAGGCAUGGUUGUCUUACUGGAAGUCUAACAUUCCAUUGGGUACUAUAUUGGCCAUGUUAAAAUAUUUGGUGCCAAAAGUAGAGGAGAAAUGUGCAGAGGAUAAUAAUACCACCUUGGAAGAGCUCAUGGUAUUCUUAAAGUCUAUUCAAUUGGAGGAUGUCUUACCCGCCGAUGAAAGCAAAUCCAUCUUUAUUCGCAAGUUCCAGUGGGGAGAGGCUUUGGUGAUUUGGUUCCGUAGCAUGAUGUGGGGUCAAAACUACGUCUCUUCCAUGAAAGAGCAUGGCGCUUGGAAUGGUACACAUGUCAAGUUGUUUCAAAUUAAAGAAGAAUAA